AUGCAAUUCCAGAGGAACCAAUUGAAGAAUGUAAUAAAUCAACUACAACCACUGCAAUUAAGAUCAUCUUCUUCAUCUUCUUCAUCUUCUUCAACAACAACAAAAACAACAACAUCACCACCACCACAACAACAACAAUUAGAUUCGCCAUUACCAUUACCAGUUAAUAUUAUUAAUAUACCAAUGGAUGAUGAUGAACUUAUUAGUGAUGGUACAAUAAGUGGUGCUUAA